UCGUAAAUUAGGGUGGAAAAUAAGUAUUUGGUCAAUAACAAAAAUACAACUCAAUACUUUGCUGACACCAUCAGCACUUGCAGCUGUAGGAGAACUUUAAUAAAACUGUCUGUGCCCACUCUCUACAGUUUGUGUCAAAAUUGUUUUUUUCUGCUUAGACUCCAAAUUUGGUAAAGUGUGAACAUGCAAACAAGGGCCAUGUUUUUAAAUUCACUUCAACUUGCACUCAUAUUUGUCAAAGCAGAUGUUUUGACACUUUGCGGAUCUGGAGCAUUCAGAUGUGUGUCUAACAAGAUGUCACAGAGAGACGGCACGGCUUUUGGAAGUAUUGAGAAAUGGUUCUCUUAAGUGUUCCUGUGAGUGGCUCAAAGAUUACGGCCAUUAAAAUCUGUUUUUCAGACCUUUUUCUCGUGUAUAGAGGUUCCUCCCAAUUCUCUGAAUCUUUUCAUGAUACUGGCACUGCGGUGCAGUGGUCUUAACUCACAACAAGAACUAUCCUGUGUGGACUGCAUGUUCUCCUUGUGUCUGCAUAGGUUUAUUACUGGUGCUCUGCCUUCCUCCCACCAUCCAAAACAUAGAUGAUGGGUUAAUUAGUGAUUCUAAACUGGCCAUAGAUGUGAGGUGGAUAGAGGCCUGAAUGAAUGCAUGGUUAAAUGUGAUCAUAGUGUAAAAGAGCUGUAAAUGUUAGCCAGUGUCAGUCCACUGUGUACAGAAGAUGAAACUCCUUAUCAGUAUAGCAAACUGUUUAGAGUGGCCAGAUCCUCCUUAUCUUUACCCAUGAAAUAAGUAACAAUAAGGACUUAAUAAGGCAACAUGAUUGAUUAUUCCCAGUUUUUGUUGCUUAACCUAAUUUCUUUCAAGAUAUUCCCCACAACACAAGCUUUAGCAUCACAUACCUUUUCAGUCUUUUGUCUUUAUUUUACACUUUUUUUUGGAAACAGGAUUAUAAAUACUUAAAAGUUCCACUUGCAGUUUACCCGAUUGUUUUUCAGAGGGGACACAGAUUUAUUGAACUCUAUUAGUAACUGGGGAAAAAAGUUAUGUAAGACAAAUAACAGAAAAUAAAGUGUUAAAAUAAAUAAUCACUCUCAGGGAUGACUCUCGACAAGGCAAUAGGAGGGAAAGGCAGUGUUUGUUUUUACUCGUGCUUGCGUAAGUGAGCCAGCGUGGCGGCUUUCCAGUAUCCAUCUCUGCCUCUUUGCCCUUGUGACUAGUGAUCUGAUUAAAGAGCAAUAGAUUGCACUAUAGGUGAAAGCUGCACUAUAUCAGCACAGCAUUGCUUGCUGGCUGUAAUGGAAGCCAUUUAAAACAAUCAGUCAGAUCAGCAGCCAGCCAGAGUGAUUUGUGUGUUCACUGUCUGCCGUGUGUGCUCAUAGAUCAAGAGGUGUUCGUAUUUUUAGACUCAUCUUUGGAGAGGCGCUCAGGCUGGCCAGGCACCGCUGCUUUCAUUCUUAGGUAAUGUGUGCUGAGAGAGCCUUCAGAUUUGGUGGAAGUGGGAGUUUUAGUGCUUUCCUCUCAUGCAUCUGUGUGGGAACAUCAUAUCUGUGGGUGAUGGACUAGUGUGUGCCUCGGUUCGUAUCAGUAGUUGGAGGUUUUUGAACAAGGCAACCUACACAUGCAACUAAAGACUGUGCUGCUGAGCUACAAAACAUGUACUCCCCUCACUGAUUAUUUUUGCCUCACAGAGUGAAAUGUUGGUGCAUUUUUGUAGCAGGUAUUAAUCAGACCUGGGACUGCAGGUUAUUCCAAGGUUCAGCCUCAGUGAAUAAUAUCACAGCUAGUGUUUCACUGUACAUUCGAGGACUGUAAAUCUUUGAAAAGGGCUGUAGGUGAAUGAUCUCCUGCAUUUUCAACAUUAUUAAUGAUUAGGGUGAUGCAAUGCAGGACUCGCAGAGGUGGAGAAAGUGUCUGGCGUUGGAUGUGAUUUUUAGUGCGGGAUCAGGAGAAGACAUCUGUGAACGCCACUGAGCCUGCGGAUUGUGUGCAUCUCGCUGCCAGAAGUUCUUGAUCUCACGGGUGGGGGAGGACUGGAUCUUCCUCAUUCUGCUGGGGCUACUCAUGGCUCUGGUCAGCUGGGUGAUGGACUAUGCCAUCGCCUUCUGCCAAGAAGCACAGAAGUGGAUGUACGGUGGACUGGACAGUAACUUGCUUCUGCAGUACAUUGCCUGGAUCAGCUACCCUGUAGUCCUCAUUACUUUCUCUGCAGGAUUCACACAGAUACUUGCGCCUCAGGCUGUGGGUUCAGGUAUUCCAGAGAUGAAGACCAUACUCAGGGGGGUGGUCCUGAAGGAGUAUCUGACUUUUAAGACCUUUGUUGCCAAAGUGAUUGGUCUGACCUGCGCGCUGGGUAGUGGAAUGCCUCUGGGGAAGGAGGGACCCUUCGUUCAUGUUGCCAGUCUGUGCGCCGCUCUCCUGAGCAAAUUUAUGGCUGCUGUUUUUGGUGGGAUUUACAAGGAAGAGCCCUUUGAAGGAAGCAAGAAUGAGUUGAGGAACACGGAGAUGCUGUCGGCUGCCUGUGCGGUGGGUGUGGGCUGCUGCUUUGCUGCUCCUAUUGGAGGGGUGCUGUUCAGUAUUGAGGUCACGUCAACAUUUUUUGCUGUGAGGAACUACUGGAGGGGCUUCUUCGCUGCCACCUUCAGCGCCUUCAUAUUCAGAGUGCUUGCUGUCUGGAAUCAGGAGGAAGAAACCAUCACUGCUCUCUUUAAGACCCGUUUCCGUCUGGACUUCCCGUUUGACCUUCAGGAGCUGCCAGCCUUUGCCAUACUGGGGAUUGCGUGUGGUUUUGGGGGAGCUCUGUUCGUCUACCUGAACCGGCUGAUAGUCGAGUGCAUGAGGAAGCAGAAGACAAUUAACAAGUUCUUGCUGAGGAAUCCAUCUCUUCCUGUCAGGCGUCUGGUGUAUCCUGCGCUUGUCACCCUGCUGAUCUCCACGCUCACGUUCCCUCCGGGCUUCGGACAGUUCAUGGCUGGACAGCUGACGCAGCACGAGUCUCUAGUGGCGCUGUUUGACAAUCGGACAUGGUGCCGUCAGGGUGUGGCGGAGGAGUUUGACUACAUCAGCCACCACCAUGCCUGGAAACACCCCCAGGUCAACGUCUUCAUCACGCUCAUCCUCUUCACUGUUAUGAAGUUCUGGAUGUCUGCUGUGGCCACCACCAUGCCCGUUCCAUGCGGAGCCUUCAUGCCUGUUUUUCUUAUUGGUGCAGCCUUUGGCAGACUUGUUGGUGAGAUCAUGGCAACCAUGUUUCCUGAUGGUAUACAUGCUGCAGGCAGCGUGUAUCCCAUAGUUCCUGGUGGUUAUGCUGUAGUUGGUGCUGCUGCUCUGUCUGGAGCGGUCACCCACACUGUAUCCACAGCGGUCAUAGUGUUCGAGCUGACCGGUCAGAUCUCACACAUCCUGCCUGUGAUGAUCGCUGUGAUCCUGGCCAACGCCGUGGCCCAGGCGCUCCAACCAUCGCUGUACGACUCCAUCAUUCGCAUCAAGAAGCUCCCUUAUCUGCCUGAGCUGGGGAUGGGACAUCAUGAGAAGUAUAAUAUCCGUGUGGAGGACAUCAUGGUCAGAGAUGUGCGCUACAUCACUCUUAACUCUUCCUAUCGGGAUCUGCAAGAGAUGUUAAUGACAGGUCAGCUCAAAACGCUGGCCCUGGUUGAAUCCAGAGACUCCAUGAUCCUGCUGGGCUCCAUAGAGCGUUUGCAGCUCCAGUCGCUGCUUUCGCUUCAGCUGUCACGCCAGAGGAGGCUGGAGUACCUCCGCCAGCUGGCGCAGGACAACGGCACGCACGAUCACCUGCCCAGUCUUACCAGUGACAGCACCCCCAGCUCUCCCUGCACCCACACCCACCUCAACUCCUCGACCAAUUCCAGUGCUCGCCAAGCGGUCCGCUUCUUGGUGAGCACUCAACAGAUCUCCACAGAGGAGUCUUCAUCCUUCAGCCCAGUGGUUUCCAAUGUUCAGCUUCCUCUUAAAUCUGCCCUGAAAACCGUGUCUGCCAUCAGUGACACAGAGACGCCAAACAGCUCUCAGACCCUUUCCUGUGCUGACCAAGACAAGGAGCUGCUGGAGAGCCCGGCUGGGCCGGCUCCUUCUGAAAAAAGAAAGCCCAAGCCCAAACGUGUGAGGAUCUCCAUGGCGGACUCUACCGAGGUGGAAGACUGCAUGACCCCCUCAGAGAUAACAGAGUGGGAGGAGCACCAGCUUGACGAACCGGUGGAUUUCAAGAACUGCAAGAUUGAUCCGGCACCCUUCCAGCUGGUGGAGCAAACAUCUCUGCAUAAGACUCACACCAUCUUCUCUCUCCUUGGUCUGGACCACGCCUAUGUGACCAGCAUGGGACGACUGGUUGGAGUGGUUUCUCUCAAAGAGCUGCGUAAGGCCAUCGAAGGCUCAGUGACGGUGACUGGAGUGAAAGUGCGCCCUCCGCUGGCCAGUUUCCGUGACAGUGGGAACACCACAAAUGUAUCCGAGGUAACUGAACUUCACAAGCUGUGCAUCCGCCACAGGGGGCUCUCUUUGCCACGGGAACCCAACCCUCCAAAUGUGGAGGAUCAGCCAGAUCUCCAGUACAAAGAGAUCCCUGUCAACUUUUCGGACGAAACAAACGUGCAGUUCGAAGCCAGCCCCGGCGACAUCACAAAUCCCUCGUCAGAGCUGCCGCUCCAGGAAAGCCCCUCGUUCACAGAGGAUCAGUCUGAGUUUACUUUUGACUGCAGCCCCUCCCACACCGAGGAAUCGGAGCUGGCCUGUGACUUUGACCCCUCCAACCAAACUCCUGAGCCAGACGAAAUGGAGCAAGAGGAGGCGCCUCCGUCUCUAAACAACAGCCAAUCCGAACCUGGGGGGGAGGGUAGCACAGGCCACACUGAGGAUCAGUCGGAAUGAUCAGAUCCACACUGUCGCCUCAUGAAUGUUGACGUUUCUUACAUUUGUUGGGGUCACACUCACCUCCAAGUCCAGCCUAGAUACUCGUGGUAUGACAGUCAGCGAGUGCUUGAAAGAUAUAUGAGGGAUAAAGCUGGUUUUGUUUUAUGUUUUUAAUGCUGACAGCUAAUCUCCUGGAAGGACCAAAAGUAGCACUUUCUGACCAAAAGAGUCAAUAUUUACAGGGUAUAAAAUUCAAAUAUCAGGAUUUUUGGUUUUAAAAUGUUGCUCUGCUACGCCUGCGGAAGACAAUGAAGUUGAAUCCACAAUUUGUAAACUGGUUUCUCCAUUUAUACAUCCAUACAAACAUACAUACAUGUGAAACCAAGAACACAGCACUCAGUAACAGAUUGGUGCCCGUGAGCGUACCCUGAAUAAUCUACGUUCCGAGCUAAUAACGAUCAUAUUUUACAAAAAGAGUCUCAUAUUAUAUUAUAGAUAAUCUGUAGCUAGCAAUUGACCCAAAGAGUCAUCAGAAACUUUGGGAAAGGGUCACUUUCACAUAGACUAUAGACUAUACACUAUACUACACUAUUCUGGUGGUCUUGCUGCCACCAGAGGAGUCGCCCCCUGCUGGCCUUCAUAAAGAAUGCCAAGUCUGAUUAGAGGGCUCAGGGGGUUGGAAUGAAAGGGCUCUUUGUAGUCUUUUCUGCUGUGUUAAACUGGAUUCAUGGUCCAGUAGCAUUGGCUUUAAUUUUUCUCCCCUUCUUGUUCUUCUUUUCUUUAUUUCAGCUCCUUUUUGUUAGAUGCCAGCUGCUGGACAAAGAGUUUAUACACAUACGUGCAUCCAGCUGUCAACUUGCAGCUGGUUGUAGUUGGAGAUGAUGAGUUUGACCUCCUCAUCUUCCUCUCUUGCCUCUCUCUAGCUCCUCUUUCACUCCUCCAGUUCUUUUAAUCAGUGUUUCUCUUCUCCUCCUUUUUUACCUCCUUCAUAAACCAUGACGGCUUGCCGCCUCCUCUUUGAAGCUCACUUCUAGAGCAUCACAAGUGUUUAUCUGGGGUUGUCUACUCCUUCUCAGCUCCUUGUCUAAUUGAUUGUGGUCAAGGGUCUAAGCAAGAGCUUUACUGAAUCUAUACUUGUUUUUUCUUUUUCUUUUUCGUGCUUUAAAAGAGCUCAACUUUUUAUUUGAGCUCUUCUCUGAGUCGUUUCACUUGCUGCUUUUGCCCAUCUUCCACAAGGCCAGUCUGCUCCUUUUGAGAUCUGUUUUCCUCCUUGAGACACUUUAUCUCUAUGAUGGCAGAGCAGAGGCCAUCUCUCAGUCCCUGCACAGCUGAGUUUUGAGGGGAGUUGGUCAGUGUGCUAUUUCACACUGAAGCUGCUCUCUUUAAACUGCAUUAGCCCAAAUCCCUUAAAGAGUCAAACAUACUUAUCAUUAAAGUCCAGGCACACAAACAUUAAAAUGGCAAUAUGCCAAUAGGAUCCUUUUUCUCAUCUUAUUUUAUUGCACAAAGUACAAUGAGGACGAGGAUGAUAUCACAGAAAAAAAAGAUUUAGGAAGGUUUGUGGGAAAAAAAAACGUGAAAAAGGGGGGUGAGUCUCAUCUGUGACUACUGCUUUUGCACUUCCCUUUAGGGCUGAACAUUUCCUUUUUUUGUGUGUUUUGUUGGUUUGAGGCAACAACACUUGGUUUAUGCUAAAAGCAAACAAAGAAAACAACUUUGGAUUAAAAUACACAAUUUACAAAAAUACAAUGAUGCUUAAGGGAUACAGAGUGCUUUCACAUGUAAUGCCUCAGCGUCAGUACAUGUGACUGUAGGGAAGAGUAGGGACUAAGGUUGUUCUCUAUGGACAGCCCUCACUACAGUAAAAGUCAUCAGGGAGCAAAAAUGUACUUUAUUUAUUCAUUUAUUUUAGCUAUGGCAUCACAUCUGUCACCCGCCUGUCUGUCCAUCCACAGGUCAUAGGAAUCGCUCCGACGACGACAGUAUUAGUCAGAUUUUGUUUCAUUUAACUCUGAUCGAGAAUGCUACUGUUGCAGCAAGUUGGUUCAUGAAGUUUCUUCCUUCCUGGAUAUUCCACAAUGGUUUUAUUGCAAAGUGGAAGUGUUUAGCAACCACAGGAACUCAGUCCCAAAGUGUCAGAGUGAGGUCAAAGAGCUCCAGUCCUCCUCUGACAUUAACAUUUUUCAAUUCAAUUCAAAUUUAUUUAUAUAGCACAAAAUCACAACAACAGUCACCUCAAGGUGCUUUCUAUUGUAAGGGAGACCCUACAAUAAUGCACACAGAGAAAAACCCAACAAUUAUAUGAUUGUGAGGAAGCAUGAGUAAGCACUUUGAUGACAGUGGGAAGGAAAAACUCCCUUUUAACAGGAAGAAACCUCCAGCAGAACCAGGCUCAGGGAGGGGCCAUCUGCUGCAACCGGUUGGGGUGAGAGAAG